CAGUUCCUUCCAUUGAGAGGGCAGUUUGGAGAGAGGAGAGAGAAAAUGAGAGAGUAUGAUGAGAUCACCUCCUUCCUGGGAACAUGGGGACGUUUCCAGAAGAUGGUCUUCUUCUCGCUGGCCUUCAGCAUCUUGCCCAAUGGCUUUGUGGGUAUUUACAUUGUGUUUGUGGCCGACACGCCGCCCCACGAGUGUUUGAUCCCGGAGGAGAGCAACAUCAGUGAGAGCUGGAGGAACGUGAGCAUUCCUCUGGUGGAGCAGGACGGACAGGUGAAACGCAGCUCCUGCAGCAGGUACAGCCUGGAGCACCUGAGGAACUUCUCCCUGCUCAACUACGUCCCCGACGUGGACGUCAACGUCAGUCAGAUUCAGCAGGAGAGCUGUCUGGAUGGAUGGAAGUACAGUAAGGAGAUCUACCAGUCCACCAUCGUCACUGAGUGGGAUCUGGUGUGUGACAAUGAGUACAAAGUACCGCUCACCAGUUCGCUCUACUUUGGAGGGGCACUGGUGGGCACUUUCCUGUCAGGUCUGAUGUCAGACCGACUUGGCAGGCGACCCAUGCUCUUUGUGAUGAUGGUCGUCCAGACGGUAGCCACAUUUGCUCAGAUCUUCUCGAACAGCUGGGAGAUGUUCGCUGCCGUCUACUUUCUCUUUGGGUUUGGCUCCAUCGCCAACUAUCUGAUCGCUUACGUUCUGGGCUGUGAGACCCUGGGGCCAGUGGAACGCGUGGUCUUCAGCUCCAUGGGCGUGUUCAUGAGCUCGGCACUAGGCUACAUGGCCAUGCCGGCCGCGGCCUUCCUCCUGCGCCAGUGGCAGUGGCUCGUGGGCGCCAUGGUGGCGUCUGGACUGCUCUAUGUUCCGCUGUGGUGGCUGAUCCCAGAGUCGCCCCGCUGGCUUCUGUCUCGGGGGAGGGUGGAGGAGGCUGAGGCCAUUCUGAGAAAUGCAGCCAGGAUGAACAAAGUCACCGUUCCCCAAGUCAUCUUCACACCUGAUGAGAUUGGAAACUUCCUUGGAAAUAAAGAGAAAACAUACUCAAUUCUUGAUGUAUUGAGAAGCAUCAGUGUCUCUUCAGUGGUAGGAAUCUGUUCCCUGCUAUGGAUGGUCAUCACCCUUGGCUACAACAGCCUGAUCCUGAACACCUCAAACCUGUCUGGCAGCCCCUACCUCAACGCCUUCUUGUCGGCCGCAGUGGAGGCGCCUGCUUACGUCAUUGCCCUACUCCUGCUAAAGUUCUGCUCCCGCCAUGUGUGCCAAUCCUCCACCCUGCUGCUAGGGGGCACUGUUAUCCUCUUUAUACGUUUCAUCCCCGCAGACUUUCCUGGCCUGGCCAUAGCUUUUGAGAUGUUGGGGAAGUUCGGCAUCACGGCGGCAUUCUGCGUGGUCUACUCUGUGACCUCGGAGCUCUUCCCCACCGUGGUGAGGAACACGGCCAUGGGGAUCUGCUCCAUGGCCGCCCGCGUCGCCUCCAUCCUCUCCCCCUACAUCAUUUACUUGGGGAAAUCUCACAAGUUUCUGCCUUACAUUAUAAUGGGAAGCCUGGCCAUCUUUGGAGGCCUUCUCUGUCUCCUGUUACCUGAGACAUAUGGAAAAGUCCUACCAGAAACCAUCACAGAAAUGCAGACCAUGAAAGGAUUGAAGAGAAACAAGGCCCCUAAUCCGGACAUUGGACACCACCAGUAUGUGCAAAAAGAAGCAAAGUUUUAGUCAGAAAUGUACUAAUUUAUUGACAAGUUCUGGUUCUAUCUACAAGGAUUUUCUUCAUUAACAAUGAGGGGUCUUUGUUUCUUUGAAUAUAGUUCCUUCCUGAUACUUUGCCCAUUAGAGGAAACAAUGUCUAAAGUAGCUAUCUAGAUGACUUUGUAUGUGUAUGAAAUGUAUUGGAUGAAAUCUAUGUAUAUUUGUGAUAGAUUGGCGAGUUUGCAAUGUUCAGUCUUUACCUCUGUGGAUGUUUGUUUUUGUAUGGUGAAACGUAUGGUCAAUGUGAAGUGUGGUGUUUUGGUAAAAAGAUAGAAGGCUGUAUGCAAUGCAGAUCUGUUUUGUACAAAGAUGUACAACCUCAAAUCAGAAAAAAGUUGGGACAUUGUGUAAGAAGAGACUGAAAACAGAAUGUAAUAAUUAGCAAAUCUCGCAAACUCAUAUAGCUGCAUGAAGGACACAAAUAACAUAUGAAAUGUUGGCCACAAGAGAUCAGUCACAGGCCACUAGUGCUCUAAAAUCAUGGGCCAGCAGCCUUGGGCUUAUAGAUAUUUGGCGUGUAGUCAAUCCCACUUGUAAGGAUUUUUCCUUUUUUUCAGGUAGACACAAAACCUUCUCUAUGAUUGAUUUUCUUUUUGCCUCUGCUCACCUAUUUCAUUCCAUUGAGAAAGCAGUGCUACUUCCUAUAGCGUUAUCUUAUCAUAAAGGGGUCCUUUGCUCUACCUCCCUUGAUAGGCUAUCUCAACGUGCUGCUAGAUGGCGUCUCUACACAUCUUUGCUGAGAGACGAAUCCUACAUCACUCAAUUUAUUGCUGAAUUUCAGAUAUUUGUAGAUCUUAAAAUGUUGGCUCUGUGGAUGACCCAGGGAUAUUGUGGGAUGCUUUGAAAAGGCUUCAAUAGGAGCAAUGCUAUUUUAUAUUGUUCUAAUAAACUUAAGGCUAAGUCCCUUCAACCUCAAAAUCUUGAAACUGAAUUUACCAGAUUAGACUCACUACUGCAAACGAACUUCACUGAUGAAAUAGCUCUGGAACGAUCUUUGGUCAAGAAAGAAAUAACAAAUAGAAAGAAGUCUGAAUUCCUAAUUCAUAGGACACGUCAGCGCUAUUACUUCCAUGCCGCCAGACCUACAGUAGUCACUCACUUGCCAUGAGAAUUAGGGCCAGUGAUCAGUUUGCAGAUAUAUCUGCCAUUAAGUCUACAGAUGGCACCAUCAGGACUGAUCCUGAUUCAGAAGUUUCUUUGGACCAAACUCACUGUACCAGGUGGUUAAAUCGGUUAGACCUGCCUCAGUUGUCAGCAGAAGAAUCAGCUGACUUAGAUAAGAUGUUUACUUUAGAAGAGCUAAAGAUGGCGGUGCAGAGUAUGCAAAGGGGGAAAUCACCAGGCUUGGAUGGUAUUCCCACUGAGUUCUAUGCCACUUUCUGGGAACAACUGGGUCCCUUCCUUUUUGACAUGAUUAACUUCUCCGUUGAGAAGGGAAUUUCUCAAGGGAUGUUAAUACGGCCUUGAUCUCUUUGCUCUUGAAAAAAGAUAAGGAUCCAUCAGAAUGCUCAAACUACCGUCCUUUAAGCCUUUUAAACUCUGAUUUAAAAAUCUUUGCAAAACUCAUAGCCCGCCGUCUGGAGUGGUAUAUGUCUAAACUUGUCAAUCCUGACCAAACGGGGUUGCAAUACUCAUCAUCACCUCUCAUUCUUUGCAGACGAUGUUAUGGUUUUCUUAGAAAACUCUUCUCAGUCCCUCAGUCCAUUCCCCACCUUCUGUCUAUUUGUGAAGAGUAUGGUAGAAUAUCAGGUUUUAGAAUCAACUGGUCAAAAUCUGCGCUACUACUGUACAUUUAAAUGAUUCCGCUAACAAUUCAAACAUUUCUGCUGGCAUUCCAAUUGUUAAACAAUAUCUAGGCAUUGAGAGUUUCCCUUCCUUUUUUUGUAAUUCACUGUUUAUUGUUUUUUCACAAAUACAUGAGACAAAGACAAACACUGAACGUCCACAAGUGAACAGGAAGGACUACAGGCAGAUACUGACUAACAAAGAUAUACACUAUACAGUAUAAAAGUGAGUGUAACUAUACACAACUGUACAUCACUGAAUGUUAGAAUAUCAUCAUACACAAAAGGAGAAAAGGGGAGAAAAAUAAAUAAAAAGAAACAGAAAAACAAACCACCAGCUUACUGUAUUGUAUCUAAAUAAGGCCCCGAUAUUUUCAUAUAGACGUCCUCCUUAUCUAUCAUUCUAUAGCACAACCUCUCAUAAGAGGCAAUCUUGGACAUCUCAUUAAACCAUUCCACCGUUGAUAUAGCUACUCGUGUUUUCCAAUGGCGUAAUAUUAUCCUGCAUCCAACUAAUACAGCUGUUCGGCACCAUGAGGAUUGAUGGGCAUUUAACCCACUCCCCUGUGGUACCACACCCAAGAGACAGAAUAACGAUGGCGCACCAGAGCAGUGGACAGCAACUUAUUGAUAAAAUCUCAGAUCAUAGGGGAUCUAUUAUGGGGCAAGAGUAUAACAUUAUGUAAAAGAGCGCCGCACUCAGUGUUGCACCUCCAACACACAUCUGAGUUUCUAACCGUUCCAUUUUUGAUGGGGUCCAAUAAAUCCUAUUGAUAAUUUUAUAA